UGCAAGGACUUCCUCUUCCGCCCACAUUCUCGUGUCGCUUCCGGGUGGCCACACAAGACUCAUCAGACAAGCCGACGUCUUCUAAACGCUGUAAACAAAAGUUACCAAAAGGUUAGCUUCAACGACACAUCGAACAGAAAGACAUGCAUAUCAAAACCGGUUCAUGGGAAGCCAGCAACACUGUGUGUGAGUCCGAUACCCUCUGCGACCCAGCAGUCCUUGUUUCUACCACCAACUCUGAGCCACACAUUCGCAACCGACGCCUGUCUCCUGGCUCAGGUAACUGUGGAGGAGGAGGUGGAGGCUGUAUCUCUGGAGGUGACCUGCAGGCUCGUCAGCUCUCACCUGAAAGCGACCCCAUCACAGCAGGCCACGCACACACCUUCAGCUACCGCAGGGAAAAAGAACGCAAGGGCCAGCAGCACAAAGGGCGCAGCCUCCGCAGGGAGAGUCAGAAGGGGCUUAGCCGUCCUCAAAAGGCAAACCCAAAGGAGAGGUGGGUGGAGGACAGUCUGUCUCUGCUCAAGCCCCCACCUGCCUUCCCUGUGCAGGACAGCCCCGCCAAGCUGCAGCCUGCAGUCAGCUAUGCCUCCAAGGUGAAGGCGGGGGCAGCAACUGGAGGGCUGGAGGAAGACCGCCCCGCCAUUGGCGUUCUGCUGCAAAACCAGUGGGGUCUCAGUUUUAUUAGUGAGGCAAGGCCAGCCUCAGAGGGCUCCAGCACUGACCCUACCGCCAACACCCCCCUGCCCCAGCCCACAGAUGCCCAACAAAUGCCAGAAGAGACCGUUCUCACCUUUCAGCGUCCAGAUGAAAGACCUACUCCCAUUGCUACCUCCAUCAGUCCCGCCACACGCCCAGACAUUGAUGAGAGCAACGGGAAGCUGCUGCUUAGUUGUCGCCAUCUAGUGGAGGCUUUGAACUAUCACAGUAGAGAAUGGAACGUUAUCUGCAACAAACAGAAGAAAGUUCCAAAAAAAGUGGUCUGGUACAAGGACACCAAGGAGCACCCAGCCUAGCAGUGUGAGAACCCCAAAGUAUAUAUAAACAGACACAUCACACACCUACAUGCACAGAAAAACAUGUAAAGAUGGGCCACUUUGUGUCCUACUCACACACUGCACUCAGGAUGAUGUCUUCACGCAAAGCCACACUGAGACACUUUGGACUAACUCCUUUGAGAUCUUACAGCAAUGGACUUUUUUAACGCCUUACAGAAAGCCUGCCUUAAUUAAUCAGACCUGUUUUCAUUAACCUCUCGUUACCAUUUUAGCUUGUAUGUGUAGAGCUGGUCUUCUUUUUUUCUUUUAGAAAACAAUCUCUGAGGAGCUGUAAUUUAAUUUCCCCGUGCUCAGUUUUAUCCAACGUUUUUGUGUCCUCUGUAAAGCGAGCGGUCAAUCAAGCACUUUGUUAAAAAAAAGAAUCUUUUGUGACCAAUCCAUGUGUGCAAGAAACCCUCACAGAGCAAUCUUUCCCCAUUCUUGAUUAGAAACGACACCUGUCUUGUACCUGCUUUAGUUUUUAUGCUCUAUAAUGCAGAGGGCCUGUGUAUCCAUGUCUUCAGUUUACAGAGGGGUGUAGUCAAAGGCACAGUAGAGUUCACCCUUAAUUUACCCCUGUCAGAUCUUAAUGCUGUGUUCUUUUUUUUCUUUGUUUUUAUUCAGUCCCCUAAUCGGGUGAAUGUUACCCGUGAAUCCACAAGGGAUCUCACCAUGUUCAGUAUGUUGAUUUUUGAAAAGAAAAUUUAUUGAAUCAAAAAAAUUACACUGGAGAAAGAGGAGGAAUGUAAGUGAACAGUAUUGCUUAAUAAAAAUGAAUAAACUUG